AAGGUUCCUCCUACUCUCGUUCAUCGCCAUGUCUCGCUUCGGCAUGCCGAUCUUGGUGCUGAAUCUCGGAGGAGAGAUGAUGUACAUCUUAGAGCAGCGGUUGGUCGCACAGAAGAUUGCAAACGAAAAGGCGAAGAAGGUGAUAGGAGAUAUUCUGCGAACAAUGUUCAACCCCAAGUUCAUUGCAGAGCUCUUCAAACCGCAAGAGUUGUAUAGCAACACGUCGACGAGGCAGAUCUUCGAACGCAUCGCCCAUUCCUCCAUCAUGAAACUUUCGGAAUCUUCGAUGGACAAGCUGUUCGAUCUGAUGACGACAGGAUUCAAGUAUCAAAUCAUCUCCUGUUCAACACCUUCACAACUCGUGGAUAUCACCCUCAACCACCUGGACAAUAUAAGAAACAUGGUGAAAGAGGACCAAUCGCUACAAAGACUUCUCCAGCAAACAGUGGUCCUGAUAGAAACCACCAUCGCUAGCCUCAGCCUGAGCUCUCUCGCUCUCCUCCGACAGACCCUCCUUACAAACGUUCAGGACCGCAAGGUCAAAGUUUCUCCUUUCUUGAUCGAAGGGAAUUCAAAAUGCAGAC